UUGGGUGGAAGAAAAGACAAGACGAAAGGAAGAUAAAGAUGAUGGAUUAAAAGAAAGAAGAGUGAACAUGGAAAUUGUACAGGAAUAACUGGCACAGUGAGCGAGAGAGAGAGCGAGCGAGAGGGAGGGGGGGGGGAGGAGACUGAUUGAUGUAGUGAGAGGGAAAGAGAGAGAGAGAGAGAAAGAGUGCAUCUGUAUACGAGUGCCGGUAACCAUGCAGGAAGAGUCUAUGUCUCAAGAGGAUGCCGGCAGAACGGCUCGAUCAACGAAGCAACAAAAGGAACAAAUCACAUCGACAAACAUUUGUUCUCUCUCUCUCCGUCCGUCUCUCUGCCUCUGACACAGACGGUAAGCAAAGCUCUACGCUCUGCCAAAACCAAACAAACCUGGCUGGCCUGGCGACUUGGUACCGUCACGUUUGACGUUUGGUAGCUUUUGCUCCCCAUCUCUGCACUUAGUGAAGGAUGCCACCCAUCCGAAGCUAAUUCAGCGCUGGCUUUCUCGAAGGACCCUUUCUAGAAACGGACACCGUAUCCACAAGGGCACGAGAGAGGCUAAUGUUUAACCCCCAUGUCCAGUUUGAGGACCAGAAGCUCCGCUGCACUGCAAGGGUGUUGGACUAUUAUGAUCCCUCUUGGAGGGGCCAAAGGCAGCUUCCUAGUUUGCCUUGGGAUCAGCACUUUGAUCUGUUCCCUAAUCUACUUGAGGGCCUGGACACAGACAGAGUUGCAGCCCCAGGUCGGGGCUAACGGUUGCAGAUCCUUCUCUGAUAGAUGUGAAGCCUUCCUGCCCAGAGUUGAGGAGGGACUCAUAUGGCGUAACCGUGACUGCCAGGUGGACAGUUACAUUCAUAAUAACCAUCUUACUUGUUCGCAAUUGAUUGCUGAUCUACACUUCAUCACAAAACCAUUGAGCCAGGAAGAGCUAGACUACCCAUUAGCCUUUAUUCUGACUGUCCACAAGGAACUACAGUUGCUUCUCCGUUUGUUGCGAGCCAUCUAUGCCCCACAAAAUGUCUACUGCAUUCACAUAGAUGCCAAGGCCCCACAAGACUAUCAACAGAUGGUUCGACGGCUGGUUGCCUGCCUCCCAAACGUUUUCCUCUCCAGCCAAAGUGAGACGGUGACAUACGCAGGGUUCUCCCGGUUACAAGCGGACAUACACUGCAUGAGGGACCUAGAGCAUUCCAAGGUGGGUUGGAAAAAGCUCAUCAAUCUGUGCGGACAGGACUUCCCGGUGCAGAGCAACCUUGAGCUUGUGCGCUACAUGCAGAGCAAAAUGUGGAAGGACCGGAACAUGACCCCUGGGAUCAAGCAGCCUGCGAGCAUGAGGCACCGGACACAACUCCAGCACAAGGAAAUCACAGGGUCCCAUGUGGGCCUCAAAGGGUGGGGCAAGAAGAAGGGUCAUCCCCCCCAAAAUAUGCAACUAUACUUUGGCACAGCCUACUAUGCUCUCACAAGAGGGUUUGUGAACUUUGUAUUGAAAAGCAGAGUGGCCCAAGACCUGUUGGAAUGGUCCAAAGACACCUACAGUCCAGAUGAGCAUUACUGGGCAACAUUGAACCAUCUAAAAGCUCCUGGCAACCACGUUGAUGGAGGAUGGGAAGGCGAUAUACGAGCAAUCAAGUGGCAAGACCAAGAGGGAACAGUACAUAGUGGUUGCAAAGGACGUUAUGUUAGAAACAUCUGCAUUUAUGGAAUAGAAGAUCUUCCAUGGAUCAUCAAAAGGAACAGCAUGUUUGCCAACAAGUUUGAGAGCAGUACAUUUCCCGAGUCCCUGGACUGUCUGGAGCAGUGGCACAGAAGAAAGGUGCUGAGGCAGGCAACAGUACCCAUAGAUCCGGAAUGGCUAUUGGCCGUACCGUAUCCAAUACCCACUUCAAAGACCAACAGCAGUGGUGGACAGGGAAAUACAUUGAAUCGAAGUUUCAGCGAACAUGAAGAUGUACGUGGAUUAAUAGUUUAACAACGGAAAUAUAAAUGUAUACAUCUCACAAAUGAGGAUGGUUCAUAAUGGCACUCUGAAAGGGUGGUUUCAUUUAGUUGUUUUAGCAAAAAACGCUCGACCGCCUAAGCACCACAUUUUCUACUAACCAAGCAGAGUGUGCUUUAGGCUUUUCGGAGGUGCAGGAACUUUGCAUGAGUUGCCUGCAACCAUGAAUAAAAACAAAUAUUUGCAGGGUCAACCUAAGCCCUAUCCUGAAAGAAAAUGGGAUAGAAAAGAGAUAGAAUUUGUGUUGAAAAUGCUUAGUAAAUAAACUUGUAUUUGAGAUUAUCUUUUACCAUUUCAAAAGGUUUGAGGACAAUUAUUCAUUAAGAAAUCUGUCCCCUUUUAACAUCCACCAGGGUGUUGAAGCUUGGUAGACACUCCCACUUGUGAUGUCAAAAACUCAUAGGAUUUGUAAAUGUCUUGUACAGGCUUAUGGCAACUGAAAACAUAUUAGAAGAGAUUUGACUACUAAGAAGUGGGCCCUGACAAUGCAGAGUCAAAGCUAUUCUUACAUUCCAUAGGGGAUUAGUUUUGCCACACCAAGCCCAAACACUGCCAAUAGAUACUGUCGAUCAAAUUAAAUGUCAAAUUGUUUUGUGUUUUCAUUUGUACAGUUUUUAUUAAAAACAAUAUUUUAAUUAAA